AUGGGGUGCGCAGCGUCGCGCAUUUACCCGGAAGCCAAGCUUUGGCCCCCAAGUGUGGGGUUGAAUAGCGGGCUGGCCAUUACUCUGGGUGAAGUUCGAUCUACAGGCACCGGACGGUAUACCGCGCGCGCAAUAAACAAUACCGGUUUGCGAGUGUCCUUGUAUCCACUCUACACUAAAUCCCUCCGCAGCCCACCGGGUCCCCCGCUGGAGAGGCCAUUCAUUAGCUGGCUCACCCGAUACGGGGGCUAUGGUUAUCUCUAG